UGAAUUUAGAUGCAUUUUUUAAAAACAACUUCCGACGACUGAAGUGGAAUUCUUUCAUUGAAUUGUGUAUUAUGUUGAAAGGUUUGGAGAAGAAAAACACCAACUACCGCAAAGCAAUUCAAUUAGAGAAACGCAUUGCUAUUGCUUUAUAUGCUCUUGGCUCUUCUGCAGAAUACCGAACAAUUGGAAAUAUGUUCGGACUUGGUAAAAGCACUGUCUACUCUAUUCUAAUUGAUUUCUGUCAUGAAGUCUGGCGUUGUUUGUGGCCUUUGUAUUUGAAGAAAUUCCCAAUGAGCGAUAUUCAAUUGCGCGAGUAUUUAAAUGGUUUUGAAUCAUUGGGUUUCUCUCAAGUGUCAGGAGCUAUAGAUAGUUGUCAUAUAGUAGUUCGCCUAGCCGCAGAAGAUGCUGUUGACUACUACAAUUACAAAGGCUGGUAUUCCACAGUUCUUUUGGCUUUAGUAGAUGCAAGAUGUCGCUUUAUAUACAUCAACGUUGGUAGUCCAGGCCGUUGUAAUGACUCUUCAAUAUUUGAGAGAUCAUCUUUAAAAAACGAUUUGGCACAAUCUAAUAUAUUUAAAGACAUGAGUAGACAAAUAUCGUCAGUUAAUGUUCCAGUCGUUUGAUGAAAUCAUACCCAUUUUGUGUAAACCAACGUUUGGAUAAAAAAAAAAAAUUCAACUAUGUACUCUCGAAAUGCCGAAGAGUGGUGGAGAAUGCUUUCUGUCAUUUAAAGGGAAGGUUUAGACGACAGAGGAAAUAAGACAAGCGUUCGUUUCGUAAUUCGAAUCGCUUGAUGAUGGCCGAGCGCAACCAUGCGACGUAGAAGGUCCAUCGCCUGGGCUUGGGAGCGGCGACUGUCCUUCUACAUCGG